AUGCAGGGCUCCCUCGUGCUCAGCCUCCUGGCCGUGCUCCUAGCUGCAGCUAAUGGCGAAUGGGGACAGGACGAGACCGUCUACGCAACUUGUGUGGAGAACCGCACUACCUGCCGCACAGGCCCCAUCAGCCUGACCGUCGGGACUGACAAACAAGUGAGGACCAACUCCAUGUGCUGUCAGAGCGAUCUCUGCAACCAGAAUAUAACCAUGGCCGUGCCGCCGAAGAGCUCACUUAAGAACGGGCUGCAGUGCGAAGCCUGCAAUGAUCCGAACGCUGACCAGUGCAAGAACCGUGUGAACGUCUCCUGUAUGGGCUCUCAGGAUCGUUGCAUCGACUUUGCUGGGACACCUGUUAACAGCACCAACACCACAUUGAUCUUGAAAGGCUGCGCUACCCAGAGCGCCUGUGAGCUGAAAGUCAAUGGCAGCUUCUACUAUUCCCAGCAGACGUAUACGCUGACCAAAGCCGACUGCCUUCCAGCUACCAACAAGGGCUCUAACGCCGUGGUUCAUGCCCUGGCGUUCUUCCCAACGUUGGCCGGGCUGCUCCUGGUGAAACAGCUGUCCUGA